UCCUUUAAAAUAAAAACUUAGACGAGAUUGAAUUAAACUACAAAUUAGGUGUUGACAAAUUAUAUAUUUGCCCUAACCGUGUGUUUCUCCUCUAAUCUCUCUAAUUCCUUUUGCUAAUCAGUUUAGGUUUGUAGUUUAGCAAUAAUAAAUAAAUAUUUGAGUAACAGAGUAAGAAUUAAUUAAAGUUUGUUGAAAUUAAAAAGAUGGAGAAUUUGAAGAAGAAGAAGAGAGAUAAAUCAGAUGACGGAGAAGAAUUACGAGCCGAAAUUGAAGAUGAGAAGAUUAAGAAGCAAAAGAAGAAAAUUAAGAGUGAGAUUGGAAUUAUGAGUGAUCAAUCCUUCUUCUCUCUCCCACUUUCUAAACCUACUAUUGACGGGAUUACCGACCUUCGCUUCUCCAACAUGACUCAGAUUCAAGCUAGAGCUAUACCUCUUCUCUUGGAAGGCAAAGACGUCUUUGGAGCUGCAAGGACUGGUUCUGGGAAGACUCUUGCUUUUCUUGUUCCAGCUGUAGAGUUGUUGUUUCAAGCUCGCUUCGCUUCUCGUAAUGGACUUGGUGUCCUCAUUAUUUGUCCUACAAGGGAGCUAGCUAUACAGAUACAUGAUGUUGCCAAAGACCUUAUGAAGCAUCAUUCACAAACCCUUGGCUUGGUGAUCGGUGGUCCAGGCCGAAGGGGAGAAGCAGAACAGCUUGCCAAAGGUGUUAAUCUUUUAGUGGCAACUCCUGGACGGCUAAAUGAUCAUCUUCAACAUACUAAGGGAUUCAUAUACAAGAACUUAAAGUGCCUGAUAAUCGAUGAAGCUGACAGGAUUCUGGAAGUUAAUUUUGAAGAAGAGAUGAGGCAAAUCAUAAAGAUUCUACCAAAGGAGCGGCAAACAGUUCUUUUUUCGGCCACCCAAACCAAGAAGGUGGAGGACCUUGGACGCUUGUCGUUCCAGUCUACAGCUAUCUAUGUUGAUGUGGAUGAGGCGAGGAGAAAGGUUACCAAUGACGGACUAGAGCAGGGCUUUUGUGUUAUUCCUAGUGCAAAGAGAUUAAUUCUUCUUUAUUCGAUCCUGAAGAGGAAUCUGUCUAAGAAAGUUAUGGUUUUCUUUUCUUCCUGCAAAUCAGUUCAAUUUCAUUCAGAACUCCUGAGAUACAUUCAAAUGGACUGCUUUGAUAUUUAUGGGAAACAAAAGCAGAACAAGAGGAGGACAACAUUGUCUGACUUCCGCAAAGCAGAAACAGGCAUACUUUUAUGUACUGAUGUUGUUGCUCGUGGACUUGAUAUUCCUGCUGUGGAUUUGAUUGUUCAGUAUGAUCCUCCAGAUAAACCAAAGGAAUAUAUUCAUAGGGUUGGGCGAACAGCUCGUGGGGAAGGUGCUAAAGGAAAGGCUUUGCUUUUCCUGAUCCCAGAAGAAUUGCAGUUCCUCAGUUAUUUAAAGAGUGAGAAGGUUCCCAUGAAAGAGUAUGAGAUCGACACAACGAAGCUGCCAAAUGUGCAGUCUCAUCUGGAGAGAUUGGUGGCAAAUAAUUAUUACUUGAAAAGGUCAGCUAAAGAUGCAUACAGCGCCUACAUAAAGUCAUAUAACUCGCAUUCCAUGAAGAAUGUGUUCAAUGUACACCAGCUUGAUCUGCAGGCAAUAGCUGCUUCAUUUUGCUUUUCUAGUGCACCAAAGAUAAAUAUCAAUAUAGACAGCAACGCCUCGAAAUUUAGGAAGAAGAGUCAUAAAAUCAAAGGGAGGUUCAAUGAAAGCAACCCUUAUGGGAGGCGAUGUGACGAUGAUACUAGGCAAUUCGUUAGGUAUUAGGAAAUUUUGUCUUAAUUGUGCUGAAGAUGUGUCAUAUUGGCAAUUUUGCAUUUUUAGGAUAUAGAUUGGAACAAUUCUACUACAAUAGUUGUUAAUAGUAUUAAUGUAUUACAUAAGAUGUUCUAUGAUUUAUCUUCUAUGCAUAUAUAUUUUAUUCA